AUGGGGCUCUUUGACAGAGGUGUUCAGAUGCUUUUAACCACCGUUGGUGCUUUCGCUGCCUUCAGCCUCAUGACCAUAGCUGUGGGGACCGAUUACUGGCUCUACUCCAGAGGGGUUUGCAAGAUGAAAGGUACCGGCGAGAAUGAAACCAGCAAAAAGAACGAGGAAGUCAUGACCCAUUCUGGAUUAUGGAGAACCUGCUGCCUGGAAGGGAAUUUUAAAGGUCUGUGUAAGCAAAUCGAUCACUUCCUCGAGGACACGGAGUAUGAAGCUGACACAGCAGAAUAUUUCCUCCGGGCUGUGAGGGCCUCUAGUAUUUUCCCGAUCCUGAGUGUGAUUCUGCUUUUCAUGGGUGGACUCUGCAUUGCAGCCAGCGAGUUCUACAAAACCCGACAUAACAUCAUCCUUAGUGCCGGCAUCUUCUUCGUGUCUGCAGGUCUGAGUAAUAUAAUUGGCAUCAUUGUGUACAUAUCAGCCAAUGCUGGAGACCCUUCAAAAAGCGACUCCAAGAAGAACAGUUAUUCUUAUGGCUGGUCCUUCUACUUUGGGGCCCUGUCCUUCAUUAUAGCCGAGAUGGUGGGAGUGCUGGCCGUACACAUGUUUAUUGACCGGCACAAACAGCUGCGUGCCAGUGCUCAUGCCACGGACUACCUCCAGUCCUCUGCCAUCACCCGCAUACCAAGCUACCGCUACCGCUAUCAGAGACGCAGUCGCUCCAGUUCCCGUUCCACUGAGCCUUCACACUCCAGGGAUGCCUCUCCUGUCGGGAUCAAAGGGUUCAACACCCUCCCAUCAACGGAGAUCUCGAUGUAUACCUUGACCAGGGACCCCCUGAAGGCUGCCACCACUCCCACCGCCACCUACAAUUCAGACAGGGAUAACAGCUUCCUCCAGGUUCACAAUUGUAUCCAGAAAGAAAACAAGGACUCUAUCCACACUAACACAGCCAACCGCCGGACCACCCCUGUAUGA